UUUGUGAAAUUUUAUUUGUGUCAUUUUGUACUUAAAAUGAUUAACGAUAUUCGUAAACUCAUCCAAACAAAAAUUGCGAUGCGAAUUAUUUUGGUCAUAUUUUUUUAUAUUUAUUCGGAAAUAAAUCAGAUAAAUUGUAAUUAAAGUGGCAAUUAGCAAUCUAUCUUCGAGAUACCUUUUAUCAGCGUUAACAUGGAGGAAAAUGCUAAUCAACCUGAAAACGCGGAUCCUGAUGGAGGAGGAGAUCAUGAGCUCGACAUCGACAGCGACAGCGACGAGAACAGCAUGAUGAGACACGACAUACUCAUUGCAGAGGGACCGGAAUUACUUGAAGCAGCGAGAGAGUCCAGCGACUCCGAUGACAAUGAGGAAGAGCAAACAUUUGAUAUAUCGCUGGCAGCUUCACAUUCUUACAUGGGCCCGGGGCUGGUGGCGGUGAGCGGGCGGCGCGUGCUGGAGGCAGGCUGGACGGGCCGCGUGCCGGCGGCGGCGCACCACGGCGCCGUGUUCCCGGGCGAGACCGUGCCCAUGCUGCUGCCCAACCCCGCCGACUCCGCCGCGCUGCAGGCCAUCCAGAAGGAGCGCCUCUUCGGCCUGCUGUGCCCCGACGAGACAGGCACGGUGGUGAGCGGCUACGGCGUGCUGUGCGAGGUGUUCGAGUGCGGCGCGCGCGAGGCGCGGCAGCCGCUGACGCUGAAGGCGCGCGCGCACCACCGCUUCCGCCUCGUGCACGCGCCCGCGCACGCCGCGUCCGUGCAUGUCUACUCGCGAAUGCGGUUUGUGGAGGUGCGCGUUCUACCCGAGGUGGAGUUGGGCGAGCCCCUGCGCGCCGCUCGCCUGGCCUCGCUCGACCCGCAUCGGCGCCCACGAGAGCCGCAGCUGGACCGGCGGCUGCGGUGCAUGGACGCGGCCGUGACACCGUGGCCGCUGUUCGUGUACGACAUGUUCGACUACACGCGCGUGCGCCGCGACAUCGCCAGCUACUUCGCCACGCUCAACCUGGACAAGCUGCCCGAGGACCCGGUGUCGCUGUCGUUCUGGGUGGCGUCGAACCUGGCGCUGUCGGCGCGCGACCGCCUGGCGCUGUUCGCGGUGGACAACGCGCUGCUGCGCCUGCACAUGGAGCUGCGCCUCAUCGCCCGGAAGAGCGUGCUGUGUUGCUCGGCGUGCAUGACGGAGAUCGCGCGGCGCGAGCACAUCUUCCCGAUGUCGUCGGAGGGCGUGCACUCCAACUACACCAACCUGGGCGGCUACAUGCACGACAUCGUGACCGUGUCGGCGGCCAGCGCGGCGCUGGACGGCGCGCCCUCGGCCGAGUACUCCUGGUUCCCCGGCUACACCUGGACCAUCGCGCUCUGCGCCACGUGCACGCACCACGUGGGAUGGAGGUUCGACGCGAUGAAGGCGCGGCUGCGGCCGACGCAGUUCUUCGCGCUGUGCCGCAACAGCGUGCAGCCGCGCGCCGGCGACGAGCGCGACGCCGCGCUGUGAGCGCUACUCGCUCCGAACCAGCACGAGCCCCGAGAGACGCGCUGAACGACCGCGGGAAUGGACCGCGAACCCAGAUCCAGUUCACGUCGUCGGCGCGCAAAUUGACAGAGACGAUGAAAGAUGAAGUCGAGUGUUUAGUCUAAGAAUGAAAGAUAAGACUGUGACCCCUGAUGUGAGUUGUAGCGUACCUCGACACUUGCAUGCGGGUUAUUUGCUGUUUAGAAUACUACGACGAACUCAUGGGAGCACUUGAAAUUGUUGAUCUAGGUGCCUUUAAUUUACCCAUGAAUAUAUUUGUCAUAUUAUUUGUACUUCCUAUCCAUUUAAUUACUUCACAUUGGAUUUUUAAGUAAUUGGUUAUUUCAAAACAUAUUAAGAAUUCAACAUUUCAUUGAUAUAAGUAUGUGUUUAGGUUGUCUUAGAAAAGAAUAGAAAUAUUUGAAAUAUAUUAGAGAUUAAAUAGAUAUAUUUUUACAAUACGUAUGCCAUUUCGAGUCGUAACAAGUAUUUGUGUAAUAUUUAUUACUGUUGUAUUUUCAUUUUAUGUUAUGAUUAUGAUUAUUCAUUGUUGUUAUAGGAACUUCUGUAAUAAUCUUUUAAAACACCUAAAGAGAGAUUAUGAAAGAGCUGAAUUUGCUAAUGCAAGAAAUAACCCUAAGAAAACUUGGGAGAUCAUUAAAAACGUCACUAAUACUAAGAAAGUAGCUGAACCACCUACAGAACUUCUAAAUUUAAAUAAUGAUCCGAUGGAAUGUGUUAACAUUGUAAACUCAUUUUUUGCACAUAUAGGGAAAGACUUGGCAAGCAAAAUUAAGCCUAAUCCAAACUCUGAGGCUCACGAACUACCCCCCGAGCAUCAGUACUCUCCUCCUCAUUCGAUGGCUAUUCUAGAGAUCGAUGAAAGGGAGGUACAAGACAUUGUUAUGAGCCUCAGGAAUGACUGUGCAGUGGGAUGGGACGGAUUGUCAGCCAGAAUCUUCAAGUCCUGUCCAGUUCUUAUACCCGUCAUUACCCACUUAUGUAACCUAGCAGUGAAAACUGGGAGGUUUCCAGUUGCCUUGAAAAAGGCAGUUGUCCACCCCAUAUAUAAGAGUGGGGACAGAGCCAGUGUUAAUAAUUACCGUCCAAUCUCGGUGUUGCCUACCUUGUCCAAGAUUUUUGAACGUUUUCUGAAUCGCCGUCUGGUUUCCUUCCUCGAAGCAAAUAACCUAAUCUCAAAUAAUCAAUUCGGUUUCAGGAGAGGAAGGUCUACCGAGGACGCUGUGGCCUCACUUGUAGAAUACGUAGUCAGUGAGGUUGACGGUAAUAGAAAAUGUCUAGGCAUUUUCCUGGAUCUCUCCAAGGCUUUUGACACUGUCUCUGUCCCCUUACUCUUGAAGAAGUUGGAUGCACUGGGUGUAAGAGGGUGUGCGUUAAGCGUUUUUUCCGAUUAUCUAUCGGGAAGGACGCAAUGUACAAGGAUAGGAGAAUUUGUCAGCCACCAAGAGGCUCUUGACUUCGGAGUUCCUCAAGGGAGUAUACUGGGUCCCACGUUAUUCUUAAUAUACGUUAACCAGCUCUGUGACCUACAGUUACCCCACUCUCGAAUAAUAGCCUAUGCAGACGACACGGUUCUGGCUGUCUCAGGAAGUGAUUGGGCUGAGGCUUUCGCUUUGGCUGAAAAUAAUUUUAAAAUUAUCAUGAAUUGGCUAAGGCUUAACCUUCUUACGCUGAACGCAGACAAAACUAAAGUUUUAACUUUUUCAAUUCGCUCUUCCACACAACCUCCGCAUGAAGGCCUUCAGAUACGUGCCCAUAAAUGCUCCAGUGGGUCCCUAAACUGCGACUGCCCCCAGUUACAAAAUACAACCAUCAUGAAAUACCUGGGUAUACAGGUAGAUCACUGCUUAAACUGGCAUAGUCAGGUGGAAUCCGUAGCAUGUCGAUUGCGUAAGAUGAUCUUCAUCUUCAAGACUUUGCGCAAUUCCGCAGAUAGAGAUAUCCUGUCAACAGUCUACUCAGCGCUUUGUGAGUCAAUCCUUUCCUACUGCAUCCCAGUGUGGGGUGGCACCUCCAAGACAACCUUCAUUAAAAUUGAACGUGCACAAAGAGCCGUACUUAAGGUUAUGUAUAGAAGGCCCUGGAGAUAUCCAACCGCACAACUGUAUGAGGAAUGUAAUCUACUCACGGUUAGACAAUUACAUAUCCUUCGGACCACCCUGUGGCUACACCCGACUGUACCAAUAAACUGUCCAUCAGAGUCUAGACGUCGUCCCAAACCACCUUGUCCUGCAACCACCACUAAUACUGUUUUCGCUGAUAAACAGCUGCAUAACUUAAGCACAAAAUUGUAUAAUAAACUAGACAAAAUAUUACAAAUACAUAAAUUAAACAAGUUUGAGCUUAAAAAGAAGUUAAGAUCGUACCUGCAAAAUCUUAGCUACACUGACACUGAAGAUUUGUUGUCCUAGACAACAACACACACAUACACUUACACUUAUAUACAUUACACUUACACAUACCUACACAUACACUUACACACACACACACACGCUUAUACAACAAGCAACACUCACAGUUCUCUGUCGUCUUAUUAUCUACUUUAUAUUUCUUUUGUUAAAUUCACAUAUCUUUUCACAGUAAUGUUUAAACUUAGAAAAUUGUAAGAAUUCUUAUACCCAUAUCGCGAGCCGAACCACUGACCCUUCAAAGCUCAGGUUUUUCCUAUUUUGAAGGUCAGGGGAACAACAAAUUUGCUUAAACACGAAGUUGUUAAUUAACGUGAUUAAGAUUUUAAGCUGUAUUAGUGUUAUGGUUUGGAAAUAAACUAUUUAUUAUUUAUUAUUAUUAUUAUUAUUUUCAUAGAUGAUUCUUAGGGUAUUAUUAAAUACUUUUAUUGAGGAUAUUAUUUAAUAGCACUCCUUAACUUUGUGUAGGGUAUUCAUAAAUAAAAAUAUCCUUUUUAUGAACUAGUUAAUGUUUUAUGUUAUUACAUUUGCGCAAAUUAAUAUUGCAGAAUAAUUUUAUAAAGUUGUUUUCUGCUUCUAAAGAUCAGGAGCGAACAUCACAGAACUUUAUCUAAUGUAAAUGACGUGUAAAUAAGCAUUUUCUUAUAAAAUUAAGGCAAUAAAAUAUAUAAUUGUUA